AUUUCUAACGAUACUGAAUUUGCAUGAUGAUGAACGCAGCAGUCUUGAAAGAGUUCAAUCAACCUCUAUCCAUUGAAAAGGUCCCUGUUCCUCAACCUGGAUUUGGACAAGUUCUUAUGCAAGUAAAAGCCAGUGGAGUAUGCCAUUCUGAUGUUGAUACUUGGGAAGGCAAUCGACCCAUCAAACCUAAACUUCCCUUAAUACCUGGGCAUGAAGGUGCCGGUGUUGUGGCUCAAGUAGGUCCUGGUGUCGAUUUUCUCAAAAAAGGUGAUAGAAUUGGAGUUCCAUGGCUCUAUAACGCAUGUGGGCGUUGUGAAUUUUGUUGUCAAUCAAUAGAGACCGUAUGUCCUCAUCAAGAAUGCACUGGAUAUACCAAAGAUGGUAGCUUUGCAGAAUACUGUGUAGUUGAUGCAAAAUAUAUUGGUCGGUUGCCAGAGAAUGUAGAGUUUACUACAAUUGCUCCAGUUCUUUGUGCUGGUGUCACUGUUUACAAGUCAUUAAAAGAGACGGAGACUCGUCCAGGUCAGUGGAUUGCCAUAGUUGGAGUUGGUGGUCUUGGUCAUCUCGGCAUUCAAUAUGCAAAAGCUAUGGGUAUGCAAGUCGUUGCAGUAGACAUUGAUGAUUCCAAAUUACAAUUGGGAAAGAAAUGUGGAGCAGACAUUAUUAUCCAUUCGAAUAGAGAAAAUGCAGUGGAUCGAAUACAAAAAGAAAUAGGAGGUGCACAUGGCGUUGUCGUUACUGCAGUAUCUCCCAAAGUAUUUCCACAAGCAAUUGGAAUGGUUCGUCGUGCGGGUACUGUUGUGUUGAAUGCAUUACCUCCAGGAGAUUUUCCAUUGAAUAUCUUUGAUGUCAUAUUGAGAAGAGUCACUGUACGAGGAUCUAUUGUCGGAACGAGACAAGACUUACAAGAGGCAUUGGAUUUUGCUGGUCGAGGAGUUGGUCUUCCAGAAGUACAUAUAAGAAAGCUUAAGGAAGUGAACGAUAUCUUACAUGAUAUGCAACAAUUCAAAGUUGUUGGAAGAAUAGUGCUAGAGUUCUAAAUAAUGAAUGGUGUGAUGUCGAAAAAUUAUGUUUUGUUUGUCUUUGUGUGGCUUGAUAAACAACUGGUUCAAUCC